UCUAUUACAUAUGUAGUUAUUAUUGGAUUGAAGCUGAAAUCAUAUUAAAAAAUAUCAACCAAGAUUUUUAUUACAUGUCGUGUGAUUUUUGUAAUAAGAAACUUAUGUUCUACAACGACAACGAAGAAACAGAUUGUGAAAAUCCAAAAUGCGGAAAAAGAUGUCUUCCUACACCACGUGCAAGGACAUAUGUACAACUCGACGAUGGUACAGAGUUACUAGAUGCUGUGAUGUUCGGUGAUGUUGCAGAAAACAUAUUCUCAUGUACUGCAGUUCAAUUAAGAUCAUAUUCGGACGAGAAACAUAAGUUGUUUGUCCAAAAAACUACGAAGCAAUUAUCAGCCAAAAAAUGGAGAAUUCAGUUGUACGUAGAUGCAAACCGAACAAUGACUUCAAAGUACAUUUAGUUCACCAUUCAAGCAGUUGAACCAAUGGAAGAUUAGGAAGAAGUUACCUUCUUUUUUUUUUUUUUACAGUAAUUUUAUUUUAUUUAGUGUUGAGACUUUUCUUGCUGCUAAGCUUGUUUUUCUUUCUCUUGACUUGUUAUUUAUGGAUUUACAUGGAGUAGUGUAUGCAAGUAUUUCAUAUACCCAAUUUUCUAAAAGUAAAUAAUAAGUAUUAUUUUAUUA